AUGCCCGAGAACCUUCACCCUGCACUGUUUCAGCGAACGGAUCGCAGUGAAAGGACAUUCCCGGAGACUGCAGCGCGCUUGGUGGACAGGCGCGGUUCUGCAGGGGAUCAGCAGCUCCCCGAAAGUGAAAGCAUUUUGGACCAGGAAGUGCUAGGAGUUAACAUGGCUUCGAACGACCAGGCCGACAGCUGGACCGAGGAGACAAUUUGUCCAAUCUGCCUGGAUUUCUUCACCGAUCCGGCGUCACUGGAGUGUGGACACAACUUCUGCCACUCCUGCAUCACACAGUGUUGGGAAAGGUCAGCGAGAAACUCCUGUCCUGAAUGUAGAGAGGAGUUUCAGGAAAUAAUCCUCAGAGUGAAUCGGCCCUUAGCGAGGCUGGCAGAGAAAGCUCGAGGACUAAAGCUGAAUCCGACAGAGAAGGAAAGUAAAAUUCACUGCGAGGAGCAUCAGGAAGAACUGAAGCUGUUUUGUGAAAAUGACAAGAAACUGAUCUGUGUGAUUUGCAGAGAUGCGCGGGAACACAAGUCUCAUAACUUUAUGCCAAUUAAAGAAGCUGUUGAAAUCCACAAGGAACAGGUGAAAUCUUCCCUCACAUCGCUCACUGAGAGGAAAUUUGCAAUUCUCAAAAUUGAACAGCAACAAAAACAGAAAAUCUCUGGGAUUCGGGAUCAGUCACGCAGUCUGGAGUCCCACAUCUCAUCCGAGUUCACUAAAAUCCAUCAGAGUCUCACGGAGAAAGAGCAGCGUUUAAUCAGAGAUAUCAGAAAACGAGAAGAAAGAGUUGUAGACCUAAUGGAGAGAAAUCUUCGGGAGAUUCAGAAGAAUUUAACUUCCAUUGAGGAGGAAAUCUCAAUGUUGCAGAAACAGGUGGAGCAGAAAGAUGGAGUGAUAUUUCUGAAGGAAGAAUCCUGUCGGAAGAGGAGGGUUGGAGAUGACCAGACACUUACAGUCAAGCAUGGAAUUCUGACGAAGGAAGAAUUCGCUGGGCCUUUACCUUUCCCAGUGUGGAGGGAAAUGUUCGAUGACAUUCAUCCUGUCUCGGUGACCCUGAAUGUGGGAACGGCGGGUCCGGAACUCGAAGUGUCUGAGGAUCGGAGGAGUGUGAGAUGGACCGAGACCCGGAGGGAUCUCCCCGACACCGGGAAGAGGUUCACAGUCGGGCCCUGUGUGCUGGGAUCGGAGGGAUUCACAUCGGGGAGACAUUACUGGGAGGUGGAGGUGGCGGAGAGUCGGGGCUGGAGGCUGGGAGUCGCCGCAGAGUCUGUGAAGAGGAAGGGAGGGGUCGGACUGAUCCCGGAGAACGGAUUCUGGAUCAUCGUGCGGGCUGGUGACGAUUUUUAUGUGAACACCUCCCCUCCAUCCCGUCUCCCUGCCGGUCCCAUCCCCGGGAGGGUGGGAGUUUAUCUCAGUUACGAGUCCGGGAGGGUUUCAUUUUACAGCGCGGACACCAAGUCCCAUCUCCACACCUUCACUGGGAAUAAAUUCACGGAGAAACUUUAUCCUUUCUUUGCUACUUUGGAUGGACGCCGGUGGCUGAGAAUCUGCUCCGGUUCCGCUCCGGGUCUCUCUACCGCAUUCAGUGGUCAGGUUGCGACGAAAUCUACAUUUGUGGUACCAAGUGUAGACGAAGCGACCAUUUCGCAGAACACCCGCGACCUGCUCACAACAGCCUUCUCGUGCUUCCAGUUGUGUCUCCUUCCCGUUUCAUAUUCCCCUUGGGGAGCAUACAACACAAUGGUGCCCGAGAAACUUUACCCUGCGCUGUUGCAGCGAACGGAUCGCAGUCACAGGACUUUCCCGGAGACUGCAACGUGCUUGGUGGACAGUCGCGGUACUGCAGGGGUUCAACAGCUCCCCGAAAGUGAAAGCAUUUUGGACCAGGAAGUGCUGGGAGUGAACAUGGCUUCGAAAUACCAGGUUGACAGUUGGACCAAGGAGGCAAUUUGUCCCAUCUGCCUGGAUUUCUUCACCGAUCCGGUGUCACUUCAGUGUGGACAUAACUUCUGCCGCUCCUGUAUCACACGGUGUUGGGAAAGUGCGCAGAGAAACUCCUGCCCGGAAUGUAGAGAGGUGUUUCAGGGAAUAAUCCUCAGAGUGAAUCGGCCCUUAGCGAGACUGGUAGAGAAAGCUCGAGAACUAAAACUGAAUCCGACAGAGAAGGAAAGUAAACUUCACUGCGAGGAGCAUCAGGAAAAACUGAAGCUGUUUUGUGAAAAUGACAAGAAACUGAUCUGCCUGAUUUGCAGAGAUGCGCGGAAACACAAGUCUCAUAACUUUAUGCCGAUUAAAGAAGCUGUUGAAAUCUACAAGGAACAGGUGAAAUCUUCCCUCACAUCGCUCACUGAGAGGAAAUUGGCGGUUCUCAGAAUGGAACAGCGACAGAAACAGAAAAUCUCUGGGAUUCGGGAUCAGUCACGCAGUCUGGAGUCCCACAUCUCAUCCGAGUUCACUAAAAUCUACCAGAGUCUCACGGAGAAAGAGCAGCGUUUAAUCGGAGAUCUCAGAAAACGAGAGAAAAGAAUUGUACGUCUAAUGGAGAGAAAUCUUCGGGAGAUUCAGACGAAUUUAACUUGCAUUGAGAAGGAACUCUCAAUGUUGCAGAAACAGGUGGAGCAGAAAGAUGGAGUGAUAUUUCUGAAGGAAGUAUCCUGUCGGAAGAGGAGGGUUGGAGAUGACCAGAUACUUACAGUCAUGGAUGGGGCUCAAACGAAAGAAGAAUUCGCUGGGCCUUUACCUUUUCCAGUGUGGCGGGAAAUGCUCGAUGACAUUCAUCCUGUCUCUGUGACCCUGGAUGUGGAAACGGCGGGUCCGUGGCUCGAGGUGACUGAGGAUCGGAAGAGUGUGAGAUGGACCCGAACCCGGACGCGGAAGGAUCUGCCCGACACUGGGAAGAGGUUCACAGUCCGGUCCUGUGUGCUGGGAUCGGAGAGAUUCACAUCGGGGAGACAUUACUGGGAGGUGGAGGUGGCGGGGAAUUGGUCCUGGGAGCUGGGAGUCGUCGCAGAGUCUGUGGAGAGGAAGGGAGGGGUCGGAUUGAUCCCGGAGAACGGAUUCUGGACCAUCGUGCGGGCUGGUGACGGGUUUCAUGUGAACACCUCCCCUCGAUCCCGUCUCCUUGCCGGUCGCAUCCCCGGGAGGGUGGGAGUUUUUCUCAGUUACGGGUCCGGGACAGUUUCAUUUUACAACGCGGACACCAAGUCCCAUCUCCACACCUUCACUGGGAAUAAAUUCACGGAGAAACUUUAUCCUUUCUUUGCUACUUUGGAUGGACGCCGGUGGCUGAGAAUCUGCUCCGGUUCCACUCCGGAUAUGGCCUCCCGAGCGUUUCAGACCGACAGCUUCGCCGACGAUUUAAAUUGUCCCAUCUGUCUGGAUUUCUUCAUCGAUCCGGUUACAAUGGAGUGCGGACACAACUUCUGCCGCUCCUGUAUAACACAGUGUUGGGGAGAAACGAAGAAAAACUCCUGUCCGGAAUGUAGAGAGGUGUUUCAAGACGGGAAGUUCAGGGUAAAUUGGGCCUUAGCAAGUCUGGCCCAGAAGGCCCGAAUGUUGAAGGUGAAUCAGAAAGAGAAGGAAAGUAAACAUCACUGCGAGGAACACGAGGAGGAACUGAAGCUGUUUUGUGAAACGGACAAGAAACUGAUCUGUGUGAUUUGCAGAGAUGCGCGGGAACACAAGUCUCAUAACUUUAUGCCGAUUAAAGAAGUUGUUGACAUCUACAAGGUAAAAAGCAAACAGAAGGAAAUUUGUCAGACGAGCAGAGUUAUUUCCAGGGGCGAUGCACUGUCAUUAGUAGACACCGCCUUGUCUAUUGAAGAACUCAAUGGCCCUUUCCAGUACAAAAUUUGGAGAGAGCUGAUCAAUGCUGUUAAACCAGCUCCCGCCUCCCUGACUCUGGAUCCGAACACAGCCCAUUCUCAUCUCAUCCUGUCUGAGGAUCACACCAGCGUGAGACUGGGAGAGCAGCGGAAGGAGCUCCCUGACACUCCGGAGAGGUUUGAUCACAGGGCUUGUGUCCUGGGAUCAAAGGGGUUCGAGUCAGAGAAACACUACUGGGAGGUGGAGGUGGGAACCAAGACUUGUUGGGAGUUAGGUGUGGUCCUUGAAUCAGCUGACAGGAAGGGGAGAAUCAACAUGAAACCAGAGACGGGAUAUUAUAUCAUAUGCCUUGUAUAUGGAAAUUCUUAUGUUGCCCUCACCUCCCCAAGGACUCCCCUCACCCCUCGUGUGAAACCCUGCAAAAUUGGAGUGUACCUGGACCACAAGGGUGGGCAGGUGUCAUUUUACAAUGCUGACAACAUGAACCAUCUCCAUACUUUCACCCAUGCUUUCAAAGGCAGAGUCUUUCCACUUUUUAACCCAGGUUUGAACACUGAUGGGAAAAACUCAGCACCGCUGAUAAUCCAUGGGGUACCACCAACCGACCCAUUUCACUCUGCCCAAAUCUGCUAGAAGAAUGGUGGUCAAACAUCACCUGAAGUCAGGUUGGACACCACUACUUGUUCAGUCAGUGCAGUCGUUUCAACUCGUAUGCUAACUGCUCUAAAAGUGAAAGAGAACUGAAGCACAUUGAGAAGGAGGCAGAGGCAAAGGAAAAUCAAUACCCUUUUUAAUUUUACUCAUGUGGAUGGUAUUGCCAUCCCUAAUUGCCCCCAGACUGAAGCGGCAGUUAAGAGUCAAUCCCUUUCGUGGGUCUAGGUUUCCCUACAACCAUUUUGGCCCAUCGAGUCUCUGCCAGCUCACAGACCAAUCCCCUUCCCCUGUUAAUUUUCCCUGUACACAUUUCUAUAUAGGGCUAACGAUAGCAGAUUCCCUCCUUGAAAGACGUUAGUGAACUAGAUAUGAUUUUACAACAGUUGGGUAGUGUGUUAGUUAAUCUUAAUGAGACCAGCUUAUUUUGAAUAAAAUUUAUUUAAAUAUUUAAAUUUAAGUUUCUACUCUGUCAUGGUGGAACUUGAACUUGCAUAUCUAAAGCAGCAGUUCACAAUUCUAUUAGUCUACUAGCCUAACCAAUACACGAUCACACCCUGUCAGAAUUCUCCUGGAGAACCGUGCUGAAAGUACUAUUAUCAGGAAUAUUCCGGCUAAACAGUUGAUGGAAAUGACUCCCAGAAAUGAUGGGCAACCUGGUGCAGCAGUUAGUGCUGCUGUCUUCCAGCUCUGAGGACCUACAUUCGAUCCUCACCUCUGGUACCAUCGACAUGGAGUUUGCACCUUCUCUCCACGACUGCAUGUGCUUCCCCCAUUUUCCUCCCACAUCCUGACGAUGUGCUGUUAGAUUAACGGGCUGCUGUGAAUUACCUCCAGAGCAGACUUCUAGAAAGAAUCAAAAGAGAGUUGAUGGGCAUGUGUGAGAGAGAAUAAUUAACAGAGGAGUAGCUGUAAGGGACUGUAACACUUUACUCUGCGUUCUGUUAUUGCUUUUCCCUUGUGCUACCUCGAUGUACUGAUGUGGUGAAAUGAUCUGUAUGGACGGCAUGCAAAACAAAGUUUCUCACUGUACCUCGGUACAUGUGACAAUGAUAAACCAAUUACCAGGGAUACGGGAAUGUAGGGACAGAGGGAAUGGGACUGAUGGGAUUGCUCCCUGAGGAACUGGCAUGGACCCAUCCUGUGUCGUUCUAAGUAAAUACCUGGAAUGAGCUGCCAGAGGAUGUGGUUGAGGCAACAUUUAAGAGGCAUUUGGAUAGGUGCAUGAAGGGGAGGGGCUUGGAGGGUUAUGGGCCGAGCGCGGGCAACUGGUACUAGCAGGGAGGAUGCUGUGGUCAGCACGGACCAGUUGGGCCGAAGGGCCUGUUUCCAUGCUGUAGUACUCUAUGACUCUUAAGUACAAGAAAUUGGAUAAAUCCCAGGAGAAACAAAAUAUUGGUGAUGAAAUGGGGAAUGGCUCAAAAAGUCGGAUUUAUUGAUUAAGAAGUCACCGCAAGCACAACACCUCCUGUCCUGUGUAAUUCUGUGAUUAGACUAAAUGAUCAGAACAUAGAACAGUACAGCACAGAACAGGCCCUUCAGCCCACAAUGUUGUGCUGACAUAGCUAUUCCCUCCUACCUACAGAAUGCCCAUAUCCCUCUAUUUUCCUCUCACUCAUGUGCCCAUCCAAGCCCCUCUUAAAAGCCCCCAAUGAAUUUGCCUCCACCACCCUAUCAGGCAACUCAUUCCAGGCAUCCACCACUCUCUCAGUAAAAAACGUACCCCUCACGUCUGUUCUGAACCUAACCCCUCUCACCUUAAAUGCACGAACAUUAGAUAAUGCAUGCCAUUUGCUCAGUUUUGUGGAACUGAACAAUUCACUAAAAUGCAAGUACUCCUGUUUAUUGCAUCGACGAUGUUUUAUGUACAACUUUGGAAGCAUGAUAUAAGACCACAGUAAAUAAAAGUUUAUAAAUGCAAAGCUGAGAGGGGUCUUACACAGAGUACACUGCUAACACACUGCACAGCAGCACCCAGGGCAACAAUAGCAGAGUUUUCUGAAGAGUUGCCCCAUGUUCGACUCUUGACAGCCACACACAACCUCUGGGUCUUUGCACACUCUACCCCCAGGAAAUAUGUUCCUGGCCAAACAGAGCAACAGCUGCACCAUUUGCACACGGCUGGUUUAGAACAUAGAAUAUUACAGCACAGUACAGGCCCUUUGGCCCACAAUGCUGUGCCGACAUUUUAUCCUGCUCUAAGAUCUAUCUAACCCUUCCCUCCCACAUAGCCCUCCAUUUUUCUAUCAUUCAUGUGUCUAUCUAAGAGUGUCUUAAAUGUCCCUAAUGUAUCUGCCCCCACAACCUCUGCCGGCAGUGCAUUCCAUGCACCCACCACUCUCUGUGUAAAAAACUUACCCCAGAUAUCCCCCUUAUAUCAUCCUCCAAUCACCGUAAAAUUAUGACCCUCAUGUUAGCCAUUGUUGCCCUGGGAAAAAGUCUCUGACUCUCCACUUAAUCUAUGCCUCAUAUCAUCUUGUACACCUCUCUCAAGUCACCUCUCAUCCUCCUCUCCAAAGAGAAAAGCCCUAGCUCACUCAACCUAUCCUCAUAAGACAUGCUCUCCAAUCCAGGCAGCAUCCUGGUAAAUCUCCUCUGCACCCUCUCUAAAGCUUCCACAUCCUUCCUAUAAUGAGGCGACCAGAACUGAACACAAUACUCCACAUAAGUGUGGUCUGUCCAGAGUUCUAUAGAGCUGCAACAUCACCUCACGGCUCUUGAACGCAGUACCCUGACUAAUGAAGGCCAACACACCAUACGCCUUCUGAACAACCCUAUCGACCUGCUCAAGUGAAAUUCCACCCUGAGAAGUGUGAAAGGUUACAUCCAGGUAGGGUGGCACAGUAGCGUAGCAGUUAGUGCGACACUAUUACAGCGCCAGCGUUCGGGGUUCAAUUCCCAUCACUGUCUGUAAGGAGUUUGUACGUUCUCCCCAUGUCUGUGUGGGUUUCCUCCAGGUGCUCGGGUUUCCUCCCACGUUCCAAAGAUGUACGGGUUAGUAGGUUAACAAGCUUAAAUGGGCGGCGUGGACUUGUUGGGCCGGAAGGGCCUGUUACCAUGCUUAAAACCAGAGUUCACUGAGUUUAAAACCAGAAACACGAUUUUCAAAGUUCGGAGAUCUCUGGGUGUGUUAUGUGUGUCGUUUGGUGAAAGUGGCCAGGCAGGUUGGGAGAGUGGAUCCUGGGUUUUAUAAAUAGAUGCACGGAGGACAAGAGGGAGGAAGCAAAGAUGAGCCUCUGAAGACUUGUUCGGCCUCUGCUGGAGUAUUGUGUCCAGUUCUGGGUUCUGCACUUUAGGAAGGAUGCGAAGGCUUCAGAGAGGGUGCAGAAGGGGUUUGCCAAACUGAUUUAACUCAUGUGAUAGCCUGGAGAAGCUGGGUUUGUUCUCCUUAGAGGCGAUUGGUGAAGGGAAUUGACAGAGUGGAUGGAGAACAACUGUUCCCAUUGGUGGAGCACCAGGGCACAGAGGACGGAGGCGAUCAUCGAAAGAAUCAGAAGUGACACAAGGCAUCGUAGACAGAGUCUUGUUCCCUGGGUGGAAACGUCAAACACUAGAGGGCACAGCUUUAAGGUGAGGGGGGGAAAGUUUAAGGAAGAUUUACGUCAUACGUUUGUUACACAGAGAGUGGUAGGUGCCUGGAACAUGCUGCCGGGGAGAGUGGUGGAAGCAGAUCCAGUAGCAAUGCUUAAGGGGCAUUUAGACAACCACAUGAACAGGCAGGGGAUUGAGGGGUAUGGACCACAUACAGGUAGAUGUGCAGGUUAAAUUGGCAUCAUGUUCAACACUAAACAGGCCCUUCGGCCCAUCUAGUCCACGCCAGCAUGGUUUUAUGCCUAGUCCCAUCUACCUGCACCUGAAUCAUAUCCCUCCAAACCCCUCCCAUCCAUGUACCUAUGCAAACUUCUCUUAAAUGUUACAAUUGAACCCGUGUCUACCACGUCCACUGGCAGCUCGUUCCACACUCACACUACCCUCUGAGUAAAGAAGUUCCCCCUCAGAUUUCCCUUAAAUAUUUCACCUUUCACCCUAAACCUAUGUCCUCUAGUUCUUGUUUCACCCAACCUAACAGCAAAAAGCCUGCAUGCAUUCACCCUAUCUGUACCCCUCAUAAUUUUGUAUACCUCUAUAAGAUCUCCCCUCAUUCUCCUGCGCUCCAUGGGAUAAAGUCCUAACCUAUUCAACCUUUCCCUGUAACUCAGGUCCUCAAGUCCUGGCAACAUCCAUGAAAAUCUUCUCUGCUCUCUUUCAAGCUUAGUGAUAUCUUUCCUGUAGGUAGGUGACCAGAAAUGCACACAAUACUCUACAUUCAGCCUCACCAAUGUCUUGUACAAUUUCAACAUAACAUCCCCAACUCCUGUACUCAGUGCCCUGAUUUAUGAAGGCUAAUGUGUCAAAAGCUCUCUUUAUGACCCUAUCUACCUGUGAUGCCAUUUUCAAGAAAUUAUGGAUCUGUAUUCUCAGGUCCCUUUUGUUCUACCACACACCUCAGUGCCCUACCAUGGCCAAAGUGCCUGUUCCUGUGCUGUCCUGUUCUAUGUUCUAUGAUUUUUUUUAAAUGCAGUGAGUGGCUGGGGUCUGAAGUGCACUGCCAGUGUGUUAGUGAAGGCAGGUUCAAUUGUGUCCAAAACAGAUCUAGAUAUGUAUCUGAGAGAGAAGAAUUUCCAGGACUCUGGGGAUGGGGCAGGGAAGUGGGAGUAGCUAUAUUGUUCUUACACAGGGCCAGUACAGAUGAGAUGGGCUGAACAGCCUUCUAUGCUGUGGCUUUUCUGUGGAAACAAAACAAAUAGAGAUCAGUGAUCUGAGGCCAAAUCUAGUGAUGGUCUCAACCAAGAACUGUUAGUAAAAUCAAUGUCCUUACUUUAUUCGGCUUAUUCAAAGCCUUCCAUCUGCAUUUUGGAUAAAACCAUUCCUGCCGGUGAAUCAGAGAAUAAAUAUGUAAACUAUAGGAGGAGGAAGAAGGCUUCUUAUGCCUUGGGAACGUGUCUAAAUGUGGUUGAAGAGAACUGAAGGCAACAUACACACUACACUAAAAUGCAAAUAAAUCUCAAUGGUUCCAUUCUAGAGGAAUAGGAUUGAAAAAUGAGCUCUUUUUUUAUUUGUUCACAGUAAAUGGACAUCACUACCAAUUUAUUGCCCAUCCUUAAUUGCCCCUUUAAUUGAGAAGGCAGUUACGAGUCUUCUACGUUGGUAGGUCUGGAGUCACGUACAAGCUGAAGGAAGAACUUUAGUGAACCAGAUGGGUUUGCUUUUUGUCUGUCUGGUUGUUUCAUGGUUACUGUUAUCAGGGGGAGGCCAUUUGGCCUAUCAUGUUCAGACUGUCUCUCCACUGUGGUCCUAAGCUUACUGCUGGGACCUUUGAUGCAAAGUGGAUAUCUGUCUCUUUGGUGGUCAGUGGGGAACUGGUGUUAAGCCGAAUAAAGUGAGGAAAUUGAUUUUCAGUAGUGUAGCGGUUAGCAUAACACAAUUACAGCGCCAGCAACCCAGGUUUAAUUCCUGCCACUGUCUGUAAGGAGUUUGUAUGUUCUCCCCGUGUCUGCGUGGGUUUCCUCCGGGUGCUCCGGUUUCCUCCCACAGGUUAGGAAGUUGUGGGCAUGCUAUGUUGGCGCCGGAAGCGUGGCAACACUUGCGGGCCGUCCCCAGAACACUCUAUGUAAAAGAUGCAUUUCACUGUGUGUUUCGAUGUACAUGUGACCAAUAAAAAAAUCUUGCUGUUGCAAGUAAGUUUUUCAUUGCA